AGGUGAUAAUGCAUUAUUGGGGGGAGUGGAAAAGUUGUUAAGGUGAAGGAGUACACUAGGGUUUACGACCUCUCCCGGGACAGACCAGAGGAGCUGUGGUGGUGAACCUCGGCGCUGUAUUUGCCUGAAAUAUACAUAUAUUCGAGAUUACAGGUGUUUUUAUAUAGGAGAGGUCUGGAGGGAGAGACAAGAAAUCUUUUUGACUGUACGAAGUACACAAACCAUCUUUCUUCAUCAUGGAUGAUAAGCAUGUAAAUGACGCUAGUGCUCACAAGAGAAUACUCAUCGGCAACCUUCACAGUAGCCUCAUGCCUGAUUCACCAGCCUCUAUCUCUCAAGUUAUGACACAGUAUACUGCCACAGGACCUACAGGAAGCAAUAGCCGGACUUCCUCUUCACAAUCAUCCUCCUUACAAUUAUCCUUCUUACAGACAUCCUCCUUACAGACAUCAGAAUUUUGUGAGUUAUCAACAAAACUUGAUAGAGAAAGCUUGAUGAAGGUUAAUUCCAUGCUUGUGCAACCAUCUCGGUACUUAGAGGACGUGCCAAUCUUUGGAAUUGGUGAAGCUGAGGGUGAAGUGCCACACACUGAUCUUCCUGUUGCUAAUAUUGACUUAACAGCGAGAAUGUCAAUCCUUGGACUUCCCUCAAAUUUAGAGGGGAAAGGUGAAACCAGUUCAGGAAUUUUGGCCAGUGUAGUAGAUGGAGGCGAGUCAAAGGAAACCAAGAUGGAUUUAUUGAAUUCUGCUCCAUUUUUAGUGAGUGAAGAGGGUGUGAUGUUUCAGUGCUUCCCCAUUUCUGAAAAGGAAGUGAUUAUAGUAAGUUUGAAUGAUAGUUCUUUGAUUAUAAAUGACUCUGUUGCUGGCCAUUUGCCUGCUAUAUCCGAGUCAAAUUCUGGAGGCAGUUCAUCCCAUUUAAGAAUAUGUCCUCUUAAUAAUACCUCCACUGAAAGCAAAGUAGGAGAUGCAGAGAAGAAAGUGAAUAUCUCACUAAUACAGCCUAUGGAUGGAGCCAUCUCUGGAACUAGCAGUCAAGAUGUCACUUCAUCAGUUAUUCUCUCCAGUAAUGAACAUGAAAGCAGUUACAACACACCCGCAUAUGACAUGACUCCAUCGUCUGUGUUAAUGAAGAACUGUGCAUCAGGUCACAUAAAACAUGUAGGAAAUACUGUCAUUAACUCACUUCCUCACGUUCCAACGAACAUUGUACAAUGCAGCAAUGUGGCUGUAAACCGUAAAGGGAAAUUAAAUUGCAUGGCAGAGGGUGCUAAAGAAAGCUGCCAGAAAGAAACAGAAAUAACUCAUGCAACAAUAUAUACACCAUUCCUGCGAAAACCACGAAAUUUGGCUGCAGAUUCAGAAGAGCAGAUGUCUUCUGCGGGAUUCAAAUGCUCCAUGUGUUCUGAUAUUCUUCCGUGUGCUGCCACUCUCAGGCACCAUUUAGUUAAGCAACAUCAGCAAAAAGACAUCAAAUCAUUCCUGUGUUUCCUGUGCAAGCAUGAGUGUUGGAGUGAGAGUCAACAAGAUUGGCAUCUUCGAGUCCAUCAUGGCAUUAAAAAUAAGGCUGUAGCUUGUUUUGUGUGUGGUGCUCAGUUAUCUACACCCACCGAGCGCAAAGCUCAUGUACGUAAACAUCUUGCUACCUUGACAUGCCCAAGUUGCUCUCUCAAGUUCUCAGCACAGCAUCAGUUGGUUGCACAUGUCAAGCAGCACCUCGAGAAACUACGGCCACACUGCUGUCUACUCUGUGGUGCUAGAUUCAGUCAUGCUGGCACUUUGCAGGUGCACUCGUGGCGGCACAGACCUCAGAAGUGUACCGAGGAAGGGUGUCGGCACGUAACAGAAGAUGAGAGCUGGCUUGUAGUUCAUCUUCAGAAUCAACACACAUUAACAGGCAGACAAAUCCAAAGUAUUAUUGCUGUUCGAAAUGCUUCUGAUCAUAAUAUGGAUCUAUUAUUAGGUAAAUACUCAUCCUUAUAUGAAAUCCCUUCAACUGGAUUGAGUUCAUAUAAUUCUGAAAAAUGUUUUACUUCAGAUGACUUAAAAUCCUCGUCCACUGGAGGUUCUGCUGGCCAGUUAAAGCAUGCUGAAAGUGAGAGAUUAACCUCAUGUUCAGAUCAGCAAUCUCAGGCCGCAGUGGAUGAGGAUUGCAAUAUAUUUAAGGAUGUUGUGAACUGUUUGGUGGAGACUGUAGCAAUUGUUGAAGAGGAGCAGAAGAAAGGCUUGAGAAGAGAAGAGGAGAUACUUCAGAAGGUUACAGAGGAAGGACCAACCAUGCAUCGAUGCGGUUUAUGCAAUAUUUAUCUGCCUUCAGCAGAAGAACUUGCUGCACAUAAAUCUGGACACAACCAGGCAAUCAUAUGUUUGAAAUGCCAAAAGUCUUUCCUGAGUGUGAAGCAGCUUAAACGCCACAUGACAGUCCAUAAUUCACAAGAGGGAAGCAAGGAUGAAGCAGAGAAACAUAGAGUUCCACAUGAGUAUCGAUGUCUAGAGUGUGGGAAAAUAUGUGCAUCUGAAUCGGCUCUCAGUCGGCAUAGGGGCACACAUGCACGUUCUCUUGGGCGACAUCAGUGCCAAACCUGCAAACGGCGAGUACGAACUCGCAACCAACUCACUGAGCACAUGGCACGUGUUCAUAAAAUUAAUCAUGAAUCAAAGAAGCUGCAAUGUCCAAUGUGUGAUAGAAGAUUCACGUCAAAAAUUCACCUUGAGUCGCAUUUAUUGGCCCAUGGGGAACGGGAGCCUCUUUGGUCGUGCGACAAGUGUGACCGGAAUUAUGUCCGUCCUCGCAGUCUGCAGCGGCACAUGGCAAUGCACGAUCACAAAUAUGUGUGCAGCACUUGCAAUGAAUCCUUCAAUUCUGCUCAUCGUCUGUCCGUCCAUUCCAGAAUCCAUGAUCCCUCGCACAAAAAAAGGUUGUCUUGCCCAAAGUGCCCUCAGCAAUAUGCAUAUGAAAGUCAGCUGCAAGUGCAUAUGCGAAUCCACACAGGUGAAAAGCCAUAUGUGUGUGAAACAUGUGGCAAAUGCUUCAAGCGUAUACAACAAUGCCAUGCGCACCAUCGCAUGAUACAUGGAAACCAUAAAGAGACUUGUGUUGAGUGUGGAAAGACAUUUGGAGACAAGACGAACUUGUUGCGUCACCGCCUUAUGGUUCAUUAUCACCUCAAACGCUGGGUGUGUGGUGUCUGUGCACAAAGCUAUGCAUAUUCUCAGGACCUCAGAAAUCACCUACAGAAGCAGCAUAGCCUCGAAUUUGAACGACUCGAUGGAACCAACAAAAGAUCCCGACAUGAGGUUUAUGUUGUGCCCGAGUUGGGAAGUCAAGACCUGAGUCAAGCUGUUCAAAGAGCAGUAGAAAGUGUAUGCGCUCUAGAGCACCGGAAAGUGCAACAAGUUCUAUGUAGUACCUCGAGCAGCCUGAAAAAGUCCAGAAAGACCGAAAUUGAAAAUUCAGAGGAUGUUGACAACCCUGAUGAUCCAGCAUUACUUCAUGAUAAUCCCUUAACCAUUGCAUCUCUUGUGGUUAAUGAUCCCCCGCCUAUCAAAGAAACUGCUGUGACUGCUACAUCUAUAUUAGUUCCCUCUGCUACCAUAGCAAUUCCCACUGUUAUUGAAGCUAGCCACAUUCAGACAGAAGAGAAAACUGGUCAGACUGCAACAACAGAAAGAGAGGUGCAGGGCUUUGUAAGAUUGACUGGGAUAAAUUGUGUUGAGUGUGGAGUCGAAACUACCACACCACUUCAGUGUGGCCCGUGUGGUGCAUUCAUGUGUUCACAAGCACACUUGGAUAUUCAUGCUGCCUCAAAUCACCGUGUGAUGUUUCAGUGUUCAGUUUGUGGUGUGCAUUAUGGAAGUCAGGGAGAGUGUGUGGCUCAUGUUACUGCAGCUCAUUCAUCACAUUUGUUGGCUGUUCAAGGAGGUGCAACAACUUAUCUUCCUCAGCAACCUUCUCAGUCCAUUCAGAUAAACGGUGGUGGGACCUUACCACCACAACUGUGUAUGCCUCUUGCCCAUUCUCAGCCAGUGCCACAGGGUCUUGUGCAAGUAGCAGGACAUUCACACCAGGUCCCCCUUGUCAUUGCACCAGCCACAGCCAAUGCAGCUGAACAUCAAAUAGAAACCAAUAAUGUAAUUCUCCAGUAUCCAAAUGUCAAUUCUCUUUCAGCAAGCUUUCCCAUUCUGCCUCAUUCAGCAGUAGUAGAUUCUACCAGGAAUCCAGGAAAGCAGCCAAUCUUUACCAUGACUGGUGUUCUGUCUGGACAUCAACAAACACUGCCAAGAAAUCUGAGAAAAGAUGGUCAUACCCUAGAUAAGCAGGAGAAGCAGCCUGGGCCGUCAGUAUGUGCCAUCACGUUUCCAUCCAGUAAUGAUGGAGGCUUGAUGCUUCCAACAGGCGAAGCCUCUUCCAUAAACUUCUCUUCUGUGCAGAACAUAACUUCACUUCCUACCAUCUUUCCUCGCACAAACAGUAAUGGGGAAAAUUCCACUUUUCUCAUGGGAGAUGUGAGCAUCAACACACAGACAAAUGACAGUGAACCUGUUUUGUUAGUGGGUUCACUACCUUUCAGUAAUAUAUCAACAGGAUCCCCAGCUGUUUUAUCUCAGCAUAAGCAAUGUAAUCUUAGCAAUCAGACAAGCACAUCCGUGGCCAGCGUCCUCUUAACACUGGCAGAAGCUUCUCCCAACGGGCCGGCGGCACCACUUGUGCCAAGUGAUCUGCCUAGAGUUACAGAGGAAGAAGUCAAGCAGGACUCUCCUAUUAUAACCAGAAACAUGCCUCUGCAGAAGACUUGGGAAGAAGAAGAGCCUAACACUGGGGAUGGCUCGAACCUUCUUCAGUCUUUGGUAGAACUUCCUGUUUCAGCUGAGGAGGGGAAUCCUUCAUCAGGUUCAUCAUCUCUUCCUAAUGUACAGGUACCUGAAAGUAUAUGUACUCAAGAGCCUCCGCAUGAAGUGAGCGUUGAAAUCAUCCAGCCUCGGCCACGACGCUCUAAGGCACAGUCAAAAAAAGCAAAAUUGCAUUGGGAGAAGGCAGUAUCACGUACAAAAAGGGGUGCAGAAGACCAGCCAUCCAACAGUGCAGAUGUGAACUUAGCGUUCCAGUGCUCAACAUGUGGGAAGAAUUUUCAGUCUAAAGCAUGUCUGGAGCGGCACCAACGCACACAUAAUGGUCAGAGAUUCAAGUGCCAGUUGUGUGAUAAAGCAUUUACUGAAAAAUACAAUCUCAAGACACACAUGCUGAUGCACACACAUGAACGUCCACAUGUUUGCAACCAGUGUCCCAAAUCUUUCAGGUAUAUACGUGACCUAAAAGAACAUAAACGUAACCAUGAAGGAUCUAGACCACAUGUGUGUAAAAUCUGCGAAAAAGGGUUUGUUCGGUGGAGAGAUUACACAAGACAUUACCGGGAACAACAUGGUACUCAGCGUCACCAGUGCCAGAUUUGUGGCUCUUCGUUCAAACGGCGUUUGUACCUAGAAACGGUUCAUAUGAGGACUCGUCACCCGCAAGUAGAUGAGUCAACAGAGGAGAAGAGUGCUCGAGACCAAAGUAAACUAAAUAAAAAGGAAACCAAUGAAACGAAGGAGACUCAUAUUUGUAGAAUUUGUGGAAGAGCCUUUGCUCGGGCUCGUUACUUGACUUCUCAUCUUCGUACACACUCCAGACGUGCUGAUUAUGUUCGCUGCCCAAGAUGUCCCCGAAUGUUUACAUCAGAACGAACACUCAAGGUCCACACUGAAGCAUUUCAUGACCGGGAGACUAACAACACUGGCUUUAACGAGUCUAAUCGGAAACAAAUGCCAGUGCAAAGUGUAUUCCCUGAACUGGAACAGCCACAGACCAGCAAUAUUUCGGUUUCUAAACCUAGCGUGCCUAACACAGCCAGUUCUUCAGCGCCAAACACGUCACAAUCAAUAAUGACAUCUCGGCUAGCACCACUUUCUUCGUCUGAAGUGGCCAGUCAUCUCCUACAACCUCCUUCACACGUUAUAACCGAGCAUCCAUCUCACUGCAGUGGAGAAGAACUAGAGAGAAGUAUCCAAGAUGAGGUUGUUGGUUUAACCAUUUGGCCUCGAUAUGCGAUCUCCAUCGAUGUGCCUAGAAAAUAAUGACACUAUUAGAUGGCAGUGAUCAAACCUGUCAUUUUUUUUCCACAAGAUGCAUUAUGUAAAUUAUAAAAUAUUAAAAAUAUAUAUAUAUAUAUGUAAUAUAUA